AUCAGGAAAAUACCCGUAUUUGAUCAAGAAAACAAGUCUUAAACAUAUAUAUUUAAAAUAAUUGUAUAAAGCCAUAUUGAAAUAAGUCAUUUAUUAUCAUGAUCGUUUAAUAAAUUGUGUUUAUUUGUAAAAUGACCAGCUUCUCCUCGUAGCCUCAGCACUGCUCUAAACAGGAAGAACCUUGCUGAGAAAAAGAAAGUGAAAGCAGAUUGUGUUUUACAUGCGACGUUUACACUUGAUCGUAAGAACUUUUCUUCAUUUUCAAAAACUGAUCAUUCAUCUUUUUAUUUGUUCUUGUGGGAAGAUACAUAAACUUCAUGAGAAAACAAAGACAUUUUGAGAAGUUGUCUAGAAACUGAACGUUUUGAUCAAAGCAAGUCUUCAGCUGUGGAGCAGAAAGACACUUCCUUAUUCAUAGUCAGUGUUGAAGAUCAAACUGUUCAGAUCCAUCAUGAAUGAAACACAAACAUCUGGAGAUGAAGAGUAUUCUCCAGCCUGCAGCUCAGUUCAUCAGAAGAGAUCAGAAGCAGAGCCCAGCUGUGUGUCUAUGAAGAGUGACAGGUCUAUGGAUGAGCCAAUGAAGUUUAAGAGUGAAGAUUCACAGCCUGGACUCAGUUCAGUUCAUCAGAAAAGAUCAGAAGAAGAGUCCAGCUGUGUGUCUAUGAAGAGAGAGACAUCUGUGAUUCAGUCUUUAGAUUUUAAGAGAGGAGUCCUCGACACACUUAGAUCAAAUCUGCUGAAGAAGUUUGAGUGUCUGUGUGAGGGAACAGCGACGCAGAGAAACCCAACACUGCUGAAUAAGAUCUACACAGAGCUCUACAUCACAGAGAGUGAGAGAGGAGAGAUCAAUAAUGAGCAUGAGGUGAGACAGAUUGAGACACAAUCCAGGAGAGAAGCAACAGAGGACACAGCCAUCAAAUGCAGUGACAUCUUCAGACCUUUACCUGGACAAGACAAAGACAUCAGAACUGUGCUGACAAAGGGAGUCGCUGGCAUUGGAAAAACAGUCUCUGUGCAGAAGUUCAUCCUGGACUGGGCCGAAGGGAAAGACAAUCAGGACGUCCAGCUCAUAUUUCCACUUCCUUUCAGAGAAAUCAACUUGAUGAAGGACAAAACACUCAGUCUUUCAGAUCUUCUUAACAACUUUUUCCCUGAAACUAAAGAAAUGGAAAUAUCCAGUGAUGAAUAUAAAGUGUUGUUCAUCUUUGAUGGUCUGGACGAGUGUCGUCUGUCUCUGGACUUUAAGAGUAAAGUGAAUCUGUGUAAUAUAUCUGAGUCAGCCUCAGUGGAUGUGCUGCUGAUGAACCUGAUUGUGGGGAAUCUGCUUCCCUCUGCUCUCAUCUGGAUCACCUCCAGACCAGCAGCAGCUGAUCUCGUCCCCUCUGAGUGCGUCCAUCGAGUGACAGAGGUACGAGGCUUCAAUGAGCCCCAGAAGGAGGAAUACUUCAGGAAGAGGAUCAGUGAUCAGAGUCUGGCCGACAGGAUCAUCUCACACCUGAAGUCCUCCAGGAGCCUCUUCAUCAUGUGUCACAUCCCAGUCUUCUGCUGGAUCUCAGCCACUGUUCUUGAGAAGAUCUUGAGUCAAGCAGAGACUGGAGAGAUUCCCAAGACUCUCACUCAAAUGUACACACACUUCCUGAUCCUUCAGACCAACAUCAAACAUGAGAAAAACUAUGAGAAGAACGUGACAGAUGAAGACAUGAUCCUCAAACUGGGGAAACUGGCUUUCCAGCAGCUUGUGAAAGGAAACCUGAUCUUCUAUGAUGAAGACCUGAGAGAGUGUGGCAUUGAUGAGACAGAAGCAUCAGUUUACUCAGGACUGUGCACUCAGAUCUUCAGAGAGGAGCUGGGCUUGUUUCAGGGGAAAGUCUUCUGCUUCAUUCAUCUGAGCCUUCAGGAACAUCUAGCAGCUCUAUAUGCACACCUCUCCUUAACAUUAAAGAAGAUAAAUGUGUUUGACCAAAUCCAACAAAAAUCUUUCUUUACUGUCUUCUUUAAUAAAAUCAGACUAUUAUCUGAGCUGCAUGAGAGAGCUGUGAACGAGGCUCUAAAGAGUAAGAAUGGACACCUGGAUCUUUUCCUGAGGUUUCUUCUGGGUCUCUCAGUGGAGUCCAAUCAGACUCUCUUAAGAAAACUACUGACACAGACAGGAAGCUGCUCCGAUAACAAAGAGGAAACAGUUCAGUUCAUCAAACAGAAGAUCAGUGAGAAUCACUCUUCAGAGAAAUCCAUCAAUCUGUUUCACUGUCUGAAUGAACUGGGUGAUGAUUCACUGAUGCAGGAGAUCCAGGGUUAUCUGAAAUCUGGAGGAAUAAGAGAAAUCAAACUCUCCUCUUCACAGUGGUCAGCUCUGGUUUAUGUGUUGCUGACAUCAGAGCAGAAGAUGGAUGUUUUUGAUCUAAAACAGUUUAUUGGGAAACGAGAUACAGUAGAUGAAGUUCUUCAGUAUCUGUUACCUGUGGUUAAAGAAUCCAGAUCAGUUCGACUUACAGGUUCGAUAAGUGAAUGAUUUCUAAUCCUGACUGCAAGAGGCUCAAUCUCUAUGACAAAAAGCAAAGGACUGAAUGGAUAUUUCAGCCAGAAGAUCUGGAAAGAUGUGUAUUGGUCUGCCCUCAUAGUGAAGAGGAACCAGUUGAAGUAUUUUUUCCUUCUUUGGAAAGUGAUGAAUCUGAUGAAUCCAUAAAUUGUUUUAUGACAAAGGGCUUCAUUCUCUGAUUGUAUUUUCACACACUUCUGCUCAAUGUGAGAGAGCAGACGGUCAAAAUCUGCAGUAGCAUUUACAACCUCAAUUGAUUCUAUCCCAGAGCCUCAAAAAAGAUGCCUGAGUGGACACCAAAGAUGCUUCCACAAAAAACUAAUCGGUCGGUCAUCGUUUUGCUCAUAUUCUUUAAUGUCAAAAGAAUACUGCUAGAUUCAGACUCGAAACCAGACUCAGAGACUGAAGCGG